ACCGUCAUUUUGACAAUUGACAGCAGUAAUUAAGACAAAUUUGUGAGGAGAGCAAUUGGUACCUAGUCAAAAUAUUUAUAUAAUUUUAAUUUAUUAAAAAUUAAACGAAAUGAAUAAGAGUUUCCAUCCUUUGAGGAAUUACAUUAGAAUAUUUAGAGGAAGAUCCUUUAGCAACAAAGUCGAAAAUGUAAAUGAAAAUGCUCCCAUAAAAUUUACUACCAGUGGCGCUGCCAAAGCUAGUAUAAGGCCAAUUUUAGCUAAACCAAGAAACAUGCCCUGGUAUCAGCCGUUCAGUGUAGUUGGAAGUGUUGCAGUCUUCCUUAUAUACUUCUGUGUAUUUCGUGAAGAAAGUGAUAUUGAUUCUGAAUUCGAAAAGACCUUAUAUGACAGAAUAAAGGGCUUAGAAAAGCGACAGUUAUUAAUAAGCUAUAGAUUCAAUAAAGAAAAUGGAAGGAGUGUUGUUGAAAUUGAGCAACGACUAAAAGAAAUUGAGGAAGAGGAAGCAAAGCUUGUAGCCUAAAUAAGAAUAGUAUUUUUGUAGAUUACCUUUUAAUUAUAAUGAUUUAUGGUUGUUGAAAA